CGGAGAGAAGGCCAAGGGGACCAGAUGCCGGAGCCUCAGUGGGGGGCUGAGGAAGGAGCGUAUAUCUGAAGGAGCGGUCCUUCCACCAUGGCCACCAAAGGGAGCGGUCAGUCGCCCAGAGGCCCCCGCCCCCCCAACCGCCUGGGCCGCGAGAAGUCACCUUUCCUGUUGCAGCUUGCCUACAGUCUGGUGGACUGGUUCCCGUGGGGUCAGGAGGCCUUUGACAAGGCGAAGAAAGAAAACAAGGUGAUCUUCCUCUCAGUCGGCUACUCCUCCUGCCACUGGUGCCACGUGAUGGAGGAAGAGUGUUUCCGGUGCCCGGCGAUCGGCCGCAUCCUCAGCGACCACUUCGUCAGCAUCAAAGUGGACCGGGAGGAGCGCCCAGAUGUGGACAAGGUGUACAUGGCCUUUGUGCAGACCACCAGCAACGGGGGGGGCUGGCCCAUGAGUGUGUGGCUGACCCCCAGCCUCCAGCCCUUUUUGGGAGGCACAUACUUCCCCCCCGAAGAUGGCGUGUCCCACAUAGGCUUCCGAACCAUCCUGCUGCGUGUCUUGGAGCAGUGGAAGCACAAUCGGACGUCGCUCUUGGAGAACGCCCAGCAUCUCACAGAGGCCCUUCAGGCUAGGUUGAAAAUGGCAGCCGGGGCCAGAGGGGAGCCGCCCCCGGCCGAAGAGGUGUCUGACCACUGCUUCCGCCAGCUGGCCGAUGCCUACGACGAGGAGUACGGGGGUUUUGGGAACGCCCCCAAGUUCCCCAGCCCAGUGAACAUCACCUUCCUCCUGAGCUACUGGGCCCAGCGCCGCGGCUUGUCCGAGGGGUCCCAGGCCCUGCACAUGGCCCUGCACACUCUCAAGAUGGUGGCCCACGGCGGGAUCCGGGACCACAUCGGACAGGGCUUCCACCACUACUCCACCGACCAAGGCUGGAACGUGCCCCACUUUGAGAAGAUGCUGUCCGACCAGGGACAGCUUGCCGUGGUCUACGCCAAGGCUUUCCAGGUCUCCGGUGACCAGUUCUUCGCAGAUGUCGCCCAAGGCAUCCUGCUCUAUGUCUCCAGGGAUCUAAGCCACAAGUCUGGAGGCUUCUUUAGCGCAGAGGACGCCGAUUCGUUCCCGGAUGCAGGGAGCUCGCAGCGUAAGGAAGGGGCCUUCUAUGUGUGGUCAGCGGCCGAGAUCCAGCGGCUGCUGCCGGAGCCCGUAGGGGAUGCCACCGAGCCCCUGACUCUGGGCCAGAUCAUUGGUCACCACUAUGGAGUGAAGGAAGCGGGAAAUGUUAGCCCUACUCAGGAUCUUAACGGGGAGCUGCAGGGGCAGAACGUGCUGACUGCUCAUUACUCCCUGGAGCUGACCGCCGCCCGCUUCGGCCUGGCCGUGGAGCCCCUCCAGGCCUUGCUGGCCACGGGGCAGAAGUGCCUGUUUGAAGUCCGGAGCCAGCGGCCACGGCCUCGUCUGGACACCAAGAUGCUGGCCGCCUGGAACGGACUCAUGAUCUCUGGCUUUGCGCAGGCGGGGGCCAUUCUGGGCCAGGAGGACCUGGUUCAGCGGGCCAUCAAUGGCGCCACUUUCCUGCAGCGACACCUCUCAGACCCCGCCAGCGGCCGGCUGCUGCGCUGCUGCUACGUGGGCCACGACCAGGCCGUAGAGGCAAGCUCCCAGCCCAUCUGGGGCUUCCCGGAGGAUUACGCGUGCGUGAUCCAGGCGCUGCUGGAUGUGUACGAGGCCUCGGGGGACAUAGCAUGGCUGGAGUGGGCCCUGCAGCUGCAGAGCACACAGGACCGGCUCUUCUGGGACCCGCAGAGUGGAGGCUACUUCUGCAGUGACCCCGAGGACCCCUACCUGCCCCUGUGCUUCAAGGAUGACCAGGAUGGGGCGGAACCCAGCACCAACUCGGUGUCCGCCAGCAACCUUCUGCGGCUAGUGGGCUUCUCGGAUCAUAGAGACUGGAAGGACAAGUGUGCCCAGUUGCUGGCGGCUUUUUCGGGCCGGCUCCUCCGGGCCCCCGUGGCGCUGCCCGAGAUGGUCCGGGUCCUGGCUGCCUACCAACAGUCACUCAAGCAGGUGGUCAUCUGUGGGGACCCACGGGCUCAGGAUACCCAGGCUCUUCUCCGCACCGUCCACUCUGUAUUUGUGCCCAAUCAGGUGCUGAUCCAGGCCAACAGCAAAUCCUCCGGUUUUCUGUUCCGCCAGCUUCCCUUCCUGACGUCGCUUAGCCAGUGGGAAGGAGAGGCCACGGCCUACAUCUGGGAAAACAACGCCUGCUCGCUGCCCAUCACUUCCCCACGGGUCCUCCGCAAGUUCCUACAGAAGUGA